AGAGCAGGACAUGGAGGAACGAGGUGCACCCGACGGGGACCCCGCGCGGAGCCUGGAGCAGGGACCAGAGAGGCCGGAAACGCCCAUCCAAGUAGUGCUCAGGGUGCGGCCCAUGAGUGCGGCCGAGCUGCGUCGAGGGGAGCAGAGCGUGCUGCACUGCUCAGGGAGCCGGACUCUGCAGGUGAGCCCGCCGGGCGGGGGCCCCGAGGUGGCGUUCCGCUUCGGGGCGGUGCUGGACGGGGCGCGCACUCAGGAGGACGUGUUCCGGGCGUGCGGCGUGCGGCGCCUGGGCGAGCUGGCGCUGCGAGGCUUCUCCUGCACCGUCUUCACCUUCGGCCAGACCGGCUCCGGCAAGACCUACACCCUGACGGGACCUCCGCCCCAGGGGGAGGGGGCGCCCGUACCCCCCGGCCUGGCUGGCAUCAUGCAGAGGACGUUCGCCUGGCUGUUCGACCGCGUGCAGCACCUGGGUGCCCCUGUCACCCUGCGCGCCUCCUAUCUGGAGAUCUACAAUGAGCAGGUUCGCGACUUGCUGAGCCUGGGGUCUCCCCGGCCCCUCGCUGUUCGCUGGAACAAGACCCGGGGCUUCCAUGUGGCGCAGCUGCGGGUGGUGGAGCUCGGGAGCCUGGAGGCCCUGCUGGAACUCCUGCAGCUGGGGCUUAGCCGUCGAAGGAGCUCGGCUCACACCCUGAACCAGGCCUCCAGCCGGAGCCAUGCCCUGCUCACCCUCUACAUCGGCUGCCAAAGUGCCCAGCAGAUGCCCCCUGUGGGCCCCGGGGAGCCCCCCAUCGGUGGGAAGCUGUGCUUUGUAGACCUGGCCGGCAGUGAAAAGGUGGCAGCCACAGGAUCCCGUGGAGAGCUGAUGCUUGAGGCCAACAGCAUCAACCGCAGCCUGCUGGCCCUGGGUCACUGCAUCUCCCUGCUGCUGGACCCACAGCGGAAGCAGAGCCACAUCCCUUUCAGGGACAGCAAGCUGACCAAGUUGCUGGCAGACUCCCUGGGGGGGCGUGGGGUCACUCUCAUGGUGGCCUGCGUGUCCCCCUCAGCCCAGUGUCUUCCUGAGACUCUCAGCACCCUGCGAUACGCAAGCCGAGCUCAGCGAGUCACCACCCGGCCGCAGGCCCCCAAGUCCCCUGUGGCAAAGCAGCCCCAGCAUUUGGAGACUGACAUGCUGCAGCUCCAGGAGGAGAACCAUCGCCUGCAGUUCCAGCUGGACCAAAUGGAACGCAAAGCCACCUCCUGCUUCCCGGCAGCCUCAGGGCUCGGUGGCACCCAGCUGGCCUGGGCCCAGCGGAACCUCUACGGAAUGCUACAGGAGUUCAUGCUGGAGAAUGAGAGGCUCAGGAAAGAAAAGAGCCAGCUGCAGAGUAGCCGAGACCUGGCCCGGAACGAGCAGCGUGUCCUGGCCCAGCAGGUCCAUGAGCUAGAGAGGCGCCUCUCUGCCUGCCACCGCCAUCAGCCGGGCCCUGGGCCAGCCCCACCGUGUCCCUGCUUGAUGGUACCAGCUCCCUCCUGCCAUGCACUGCCACCCCUCUGCUCCUGCCCCUGGCGCCACCUCUGCCCGCUGUGCCGAGCGCCCCUGGCCCACUGGGCCUGCCCAUGGAGGGAGCGCCACCUGCAGCAGGUGUUAGGCCCUGAGGCCCUGGGCAGCAGGCCCCUGUCUGCCCGGCCCCCAGCCUGGGCACCCCCGUGCAGCCCUGGCUCUGCCAAGUGCCCAAGAGAGAGGAGCCACAGCGACUGGACUCAGAUCCGAGUCCUGGCAGAGAUGCUGACCGAGGAGGAGGUGGUACCCUCCGCACCCCCGCUGCCCACGGGGCCUCCGAACACGUCACCAGUGCUGACAGGGCUGGGGUCCAAAACCUGGCCCAAAGGCUGGAGGCCCUCAGAGAGCAGAUUGGCAGUUCCCUGCGACGUGGCCGGAGCCAGCCGCCCCACAGCGAGGGUGCACGGAGCCCCGGCCGGGCCCUCCCUCCCCGCUGAAGGCAGAGUGGAGACCCAGAAGACUGCCGCGUGACCUCAGACUGGGCUCUGCGCCUUGCGCGCUGUCUCCCCAUCUACUGCGUGGGGUAGCAGCUUUGGGGGGAGCAAGGGGAGGGUGCCGCCCCAGACCACGAGACGCGAGACUGCAUUCAGGAGAAACCCAGCAGUGGUGAUGAAAUACCUGAAUAAACAGAG